AUGGAAAUAUGGUACUCACAACCUUCAUAUACGAAACCAUUUUACACUUUAAUGAAAAUGGCAUCACAUUUAGCUCCUUUAGGGUUCGCUUUUGUGAUGGGCAUCGUUUUGGUAUUGCUGAAUUUUUGGUUUUCUUUGUUUUUCAUGCUUGCAUUGGAAGAUGGCAUAAAUUUCACAAUUAGUGGUAUCAUUUUCCUAAUUAGUAUUCUUUUAUACUGUUUAUUUAUGAGAUUUUUUGAGAAAAGAGAUGCGAACGUUGAUGUUGUCAGUAAAGUAACAAAAACAAUUCGAAUUGUUGUUCUAAUAACGCUUUCUAUAUCAUUGAGUGUUGGUGUGGUAUUACAAACUCCAAAAGCUAUUACAUUUGUUACUGAAAGUCUUUGGAGAUAUAUUUUAGUAUUACCAGGUGUUUAUAAGUCAUUUAUUUUUAUUCAUCCACCUUUGGACUGGCUAUCACUUGUAAUUUAUGGCGUAGCUUUUGCUCUAUUAACAUCACGGAAUGUCAAUGACACUUCAUACAAUAUCCGUCUCAAUUUGAAAGCUUUUGCUAUACUUUUUAUACUUUUUCUCUUAAUUCGAAUCCCUGGAAAAUUUGGAAACAUAAAUCCUGAACUUUUACCAUUACCACCAAAAACAUUAUUUAACAACCCUUAUUUGGCAAAUUGGAUGCAAUUCUUCAACGUUAUUAUGUAUCCACCAGAUCUCGCAUAUAUAACGUUUUACAUGGGACUAAAUCAUCUAUUCUUAUCUUUCUUAUAUUCAUUAUCAUCCUCUCCAACUUCUUUAUUCUCUGAUUCUCUCGCAACUUCUUUCGCAACAAUCGUCGUAAUUAGUCCGUUAUUAUGUUUUGGACAAAAAGUAAGCUAUAUAACCUACGUGAUUUUACAUUCUGGUUUUUAUGGUGUAUUGGACUCGGAAUUAUGUGGGUAUGCUGUAGUAAGUUUGCUAGAUAUAAAGCAAGAAAAGUGUUAUACUUGA